AUGUCGGUUUAUGCCCAGAUCUCUUUAAAACCUGACGUCCGAGAAUACCUCCGGAAUGUCUACACAAACAAAGAGCUUGUGGCAGAGGUAGGAGAGGAGGAGGCUGACAGGGCUUUUGAGAAUUUGCUCACCUGUCUGUCUCACCCACCCUCCUUCACCUGUGUCAGGGCCAGCACACACCUGUUCCCUCUGCAGGACGUCCAGCACCAGCUCAAACAGCACCUCUCACAGCAGACGAGUGAUUUUCAUGAAGAUGCCGUCCUGGUCCCUGUUUACCCUCAUCCGCGGAUUCCAGAUGUUCUGCUUCUGACGGUGGUUGGCCCCAGGAGUGUGAGUGUGUUAAAAGCAGAGGUCAUAGUUGGUGCACAGUGUGGCAGUGCGGUUCUCAGAGGGGCUCAUGUCUUUGCCCCUGGAGUUCUCAGCACACCCAAAUACAUGAAGACAGGUGAUUUGGUCUCUGUGUUUUCGGAUGUAGAAGGAAAAUGCACACGAGGAGCCAAAGAGUUUCAUGGAAAGAAAGUGUUUCUGGGAAAUGGAGUCUCUGUGAUGGACCGCUCAGAUAUAUUCUGUUCAGAAGGUCCUGUUAGGGGCGUGGCUAUUAAAAUGACUGAACCAUUGUAUGCAAGCCCCUCCUUUGAUGGGGUGUUACUGGAUAAGGUGUUCCUCCAGAACCUGCCGUCAGUUCUGGUGGGGCAUAUUUUGGGUCCUCAGCCAGGAGAGCGAAUUCUGGAUAUGUGUGCAGCCCCGGGAGGCAAGACCACACACAUUGCUGCCCUCAUGGGAAACCAGGGAGAAGUAGUGGCUCUGGACAAGAUCAAGUCUAAAGUGGAGAAAAUUUGCCAGAAUGCAGAAAUCCUGAAAUUAGACUGCAUCAGAGUUCACUGUUACAACAGCAUUCAGGCUGUAAGCACAAAGCCUGACCAGGAAGCUGCAGACGAACCCCCGUUUCCUGAGGAGAGCUUUGAUCGGGUUUUGUUAGACGCUCCCUGUAGUGGCCUGGGCCAGAGACCAAACAUGGCCAUCACCUGGAGUCUAAAAGAAGUCUGUUCAUAUCAGCCAUUACAGAGAAAACUACUAACUACAGCGGUGCGUCUGUUAAAGAGAGGCGGAGUGUUGGUGUACAGCACUUGCACUGUGACACUCGCAGAGAAUGAAGAGCAAGUGGCCUGGGCCUUGAAAACAUUUCCCUGCUUGAAACUGGAGCCUCAGGAACCUCAUCUAGGAUCAGAAGGAAUGCCGGGAGCAGGCUUGUCAUGUGACCAGCGCCGCCUCCUACAAAGGUUCCGUCCGGAACUUAGAUGGGAGGCAGUGAAAAACCCCUACCAGAACUUUCCGUGUCAGGCAAACAGUGACACUAUUGGGUUUUUCAUAGCCAAAUUUAGCAAGACAUAA